GUCGGACGAGGCUAAAGGGACGUUGCGUCAGCGCCUGCUGCGUGCAGUGGCAACGGCGCAGACACCAGCCGGAGCUCUCGUGAAGCACUCACUCUGCGGCAGCCAUGGGACCCUAUAUCACAGGUAUAUAUUGCAUAUUGGCGGUGACGAGUGUGACGCAAGCGGAGCAAUGGCGAUGGCGGAGCGACGAGCGGAGCGGAGAGUCGCAGGGGGCGCAGUCGGUCCGCAUCGACAACAAAGUGCGGUUUGAGGAUUCCGCUGACCGCGCACUCUACAGUGAUGAAAUGGCUGGCUUCUACAAGCGGCCUUUCGCCGACCGUGCGCUCGUAGCCGACAGGGCAGCGGCGGCGGAGAGGCAGGGUACGCUUGACGACUUACAGUACUGUCGCUGUGAAAGAACGCCUGUUCGAAACCUUCAGUGUGUGACGGGAUCUCGUAAAGGCUGCAGCAGUCACGAUUACCUGUGCUGUUCUUUGCCCGCCACGCAGGACUCAAACCGUGCAGAUCGCCCCCUCGCAGUAGGUCCGGAAGGCCCCACCGGCGUUGUUGGACCCUUUGACAUUAAUACCGAUUCUGGGGAGAGUGCAUCGGCGCAGCGAGGCUUUUUCUCGCCAGGAACUUCAGGAUUUAUUGACUCCGGAUUCAGUAGGCCCGUUCUAGUAGGGCCAGGCGGUCCAACGGGUAUGGUCGGUCCGAGAGGACAAGGCGUUUUAGUAGGGCCCGGAGGGCCGACUGGAUUAAUUGGCCCGGCUAGGUUUAAUCAAGGGUACGGUGCAAGCAGGCCUGGUAUCCUAGUAGGGCCCGGUGGACCUACGGGAAUCUUUGGAUCGAGGAGACAGGGUGUGCUGGUCGGUCCCGGUGGGCAGACUGGAAUAAUUGGCCCAGCUGGGUUUAACCAAGGGUAUGGUGCAAGCAGGCCUGGUAUCCUAGUAGGGCCCGGUGGGCCUACGGGCAGGGUGGGGCCAGGAAGGCAAGUUCUAGUCGGACCGGGGGGCCCCACCGGACAAAUUGGCCCACUAGGGAGCUUUGGUAAAUAGUUUCAUAUAUGUUUAAAAGGGAGCGUUGUAAUUUCUGUGAUAAACGAUGAUUUUAAUAGUAUAUUUUAUAAUAAUAUAAAUUAAAUAUAAAAUAGCACCUAACAUUAAAUAAUUUGUCAUAAAGAUAAUAGUGUUAUUUGGUUUGGAUGCACGCCGUACAUGAGGGGUUUUAUAUUCAAUCAUGUUGUGUCAUCUAAUUGCCUUUGAAGAGACCUUAGAGAUUAGAGAUUAGGAAUUAGAGAUUAUUGGGGCAGACUUCGAACACACUUCUUUGUCUAAUUUAUAAUUAAGACUAACUUUAAGCAUCCAAUAAAACCCUAACAGCCGUUGCUUAAGAGCUAAAGAAACUUUUUUGGUUGAAAUAUUCUUUAACUUGAAUUUUAUAUUACAUUUGUAGAAUAAAAUUAAACUGUA